CCUUCCGGUGACGACACGUGUAACGUGAAUCAGACGAGUAUUUUCUUCAUGUUCUAAUUAUAUAUUUUUUUUCUGUACAUUUGCACUUUUCUACAUUAGUACGGGGCUUUUCGCUUGUGUGUAAAUGGGAGGGCUUCAAAAGAAAAAGUUUGAGAGGGGGUCUGCUACAAACUACAUCACCAGAAACAAAGCUCGCAAGAAGUUACAGCUGAGUCUCCCAGAUUUCAGGCGGCUAUGCAUCCUGAAAGGCAUCUAUCCUCACGAGCCUAAACACAAGAAGAAAGUAAAUAAGGGCUCCACAGCACCUAGGACUUUCUAUCUUGUCAAAGACAUCAGAUUUCUUCUGCAUGAACCAAUUGUUCGGAAGUUCAGAGACUACAAGAUAUUUGUACGCAAACUUAAGAAGGCUUAUGCAAAAUCUGAAUAUUCAGCAGUGGAGAGACUGAGGGAGAACAAGCCAGUGUACAAAUUAGACCACAUCAUCAAAGAGAGAUACCCUACCUUCAUUGAUGCCCUUCGUGAUAUCGAUGAUGCCCUCUGCAUGUGCUUUCUCUUCUCUACCUUUGCCCGAACGGGUAAAUGCCACGUCCAGACUAUUCAGCUGUGUAGACGCCUCACAGUGGAGUGGAUGAACUAUGUGAUCAUGUCCCGUGCUCUCAGAAAGGUUUUCAUCUCUAUCAAGGGAAUAUAUUAUCAAGCUGAGGUGAUGGGGCAGCUCAUUACAUGGCUGGUGCCAUUUCAGUUCUCCCAUGAUCACCCAACAGAUGUUGACUACAGAGUCAUGGCAACUUUCACAGAGUUGUACACCACUCUUCUGGGUUUUGUCAACUUCAGACUCUACCAUUCCCUAAACCUGGUUUACCCACCAAAGCUGGACAGUAAAGCAGAGUUGGAGUUGAAAGAUGAAGAUGAUGAUAAUGAUUAUGCCAUGGAUUCAGAAAGCUACUUUGAGAAACUGUCAGCCCUGAGUGCCAGUCUGGCCCGUGUGGUUGCUACUGCUGAGGAAGAAGAGGCUCAACCAGACCAGUUUCCCAUUGAAGGGGAAGAUAUGGAAAAGUUGGAAGCAAGGGAAAAGGAACAAAAACAGCAAGAAGCCCAGAAAAAGCUUUUUGAGGGGCUCAAGAUCUUCCUGAACAGAGAAGUUCCCAGAGAGUCAUUGGCUUUUGUCAUCAGGUGUUUUGGUGGUGAGGUAUCCUGGGAUAAGUCUGUUUGUAUAGGUAGCACAUAUGAUGUGACAGAUGAGACCAUCACUCAUCAAGUCGUUGACAGGCCCAAAAUCGACAAACAGUAUAUUAACAGGUACUACAUCCAGCCCCAGUGGGUCUAUGAUUGUGUCAAUGCCAGAAUGCUCUUACCAGUGGAGGAUUAUUUCCUGGGAGUGACUCUGCCCCCCCAUCUCUCUCCCUUCAUGGAGGAGAAGGAUGGGGACUACAUUCCCCCAGAGAAACUGAAGAUCUUGGCUUUGCAGCGGGGAGAAAGGCCUGCUCAUGAAGAAGAUGAGGAUGAGGAACAGGAGGAUGAUGAUGACAAGGACCAGGAUGAGGAUGAGGAGGAAGAGGACCAGGAGGAGGAUGAGGAGGAAGAAGCAGUAGAAGAGACAAAUCUUAAGAAAAUGGAAGAGCAGCGAUCCCGGGGCAAGUCUCUUCCAGUGAAAGUGACACCUGGAAAAGUGAAAAUAGAAAAUCCAGUUCGCUUGGAGCAAGAGGAGCAAGCAGAAGAAAAACGUCUUGCCAUCAUGAUGAUGAAGAAAAAGGAAAAGUACCUUUACGACAAGAUUAUGUUUGGGAAGAAAAGAAAAAUUCGAGAGGCAAACAAGCUUGCUGCCAAGAGGAAGGUGCAUGACGAUGCUGAAAAAGCAAAGAGGAAGAAGUCACGAAAAUGACUCGCCUGAUUAUUAUGAUGAUGCAAGACUGAUACUGUAUUUAACUUGAUGAGCUGCAAUGUUUUACAUAGCCACAUUUUCACACAUCUCAGUGUAUUUUAGGACUACAACCCUUACCAAAAAAUAGUAUAUGCAAGUAUGUUUCAAGUAUACUUCUAGUUUACUUUUUAUAUACUUAUCAGUACUAUUUUUUGGUAAGGGAAGUACUACAUCCAGUUUCUGGAUGUGAAUCAAACGACUACGUUUGAUUCACUGUACACAAGUACUUUCUGCUGUGCUCUAAAAUGUAUACAUUAAACACGCUUUAUUCUGAAAUAAAAACAUUUACGUCAA